GCCGCCAUCUUUGUUGAGGGCAAUUCUGUGGGCUCCUCAGAGCGCUCCGCGUUUUUUCAUAAAUCUAGCCGGGAACGGCGGAACCCGCCUGGAAAUGGCGGGAUGGAGCCUAAAUCCCCUGGCAUUCAACCAAAGCGCCCACAUCCACCCAGAAGAGUCUCCCAGGAGCGCUACCAAGCUCAACUAACCCAAACUGCCCGUCUCUGGCGUGAGGCAUCGCCGCCAUUUUGGGUGAGGGCAGUUCCGCCCGGUCCUGGAUGUGCUCCCACAGGUGGGCAGAGUAACGGGGAUUACAAAUUCCACUUAAAUCCCCCAAAUUCCGCUUAAAUCCCCCCAAACUCGUCCUAAAACCCUGCAGGACCCCUGCGGCCUCUAAAGAGAGCCAGGACAGCUCCCGCCCUUUUCCUGAAGCAGCGCCGCCAUCUUGUUAAGGGCAGUUCCGCCCGCUCCUCAGAGCGCUCCGCGUUCCCUCAUAAAUCCCGCCGGGAACGGCGGAAUCCGCCUGGAAAUGCCUGGACGGAGCCUAAAUCCACUGGGGAUGGAUCCUAAAUCCCCUGGGAUUGAGCCAAAGCGCGCAAAUCCUCGAGCUUCCAUGGAUAAGGGCGGUACGGGAAAGGGCGGACGCCCGACCCCUUUCCCAUCCUUCCUGAGGCGGCUCCGCCUUUUCUCGGCGCUGUUCCCGGAACCGGUUCUGGGCCGGGACCGGAGUCCGUCCCGGGGCUCCUUUGCCACCGCAGCGUGCCCAAGGUGUCCCCAGUGAGCAUGGAGCCCAAAGAGCUGUCCCCGGCCCUGCUGCAGCCACAGGUCACCGUGGUGGCCAUCCUGGGUGAGCUGCUGGGCUCCCUGCCCUGGGAGAACGACACGCUGCUCGGGUCCGCAGUGAGCUUGUACCCAGACGUGGUGAAAUUCACCAGGGAACUCCGGGCCACCCUGUACCGCACUGAUGAUGCCUGGCGGCGCCACAAUGUCACCGUGGAUGGUGAUGACCCUGUCACCUCCCUGAGCCGGGCCCUGGCCGCCUACAAGAGCACCCCACGGACCACCUGGAAGUGUGUGACAUGGGCAGCCCUGAAGUGGCAGUGGGCGGUGGCUGGGCCAGUGGACAGCUGGGCCCAGCUGGCCAGGAAAGCCACUGAGCUCCGCAAGACCUGCAGAGGAGUGGCCAGUGAGGCAGCCGACCUGGCUGCCGCUGCCACUGCCCGGGCCAGGGAGCUGCAGGACGAGGCUGCCCGUUAUGGGGCAGCUCCGGAAAACAUGGAGGAGCUGGGUCAGGCCCUGGGCGGGGAGGAGGGGGCUGAGGUGGUGGCCGGGCAUGAAGCCCAGGUGAGGAGAGAGGCCAGGAUGGCUGCCAGAGAGGCAACAAGGGCCACCAUGGUGAGACAGCGGCUGGAGGCGGCCCUGGGGCUGCUGGAGCGCUUGGUGGCCGCAUGUGUCGAAGCGACCGCGUUCCCCCGGGAGCUGCAGCGCAGGGUUGGGCACAUUGAGGCCGCCCUGAAGGGGACAAAUGAGGCGUCCCCCAAUGUCCCCGAGGACUUGGUUGCCAAGGUGGCCGAGGCUGAGCGGAUGUGGGAGGCCAACGCCCGCCUGGUCAAGGAUCACCUGCUGGGGACACUUCCAGACAUCAUCAAGUUCUAUUUCACUGGUGGUCCCGCCAACCCCAGUGCCUGUGGGGUGGCCGAGCGGUGCCAAAGAGCCAUCGAUGACAUCCCAAGGCUCCUUCGACCCCUGGAGCAUCCCCAGAGCAUCCUCAGGGUGUCCCCAGAGCUGUCCCCGGCCCUGCUGCAGCCACAGGUCACUAUGGUGGCCAUCCUGGCUGAGCUGCUGGACACCCUGCCCAGGCAGGAUGAGGAGCUGCUGCUGCUCAAGUCUGCAGUGAGACUGUACCAGGAGCUGGAGGAUUUCACCAGGAACCUCUGGGUCACCCUGUACUGCAUUGAGGGCACCUGGUGGCGCUGCAAUUUCACCUCCGAUGAUGACCCUCCCACCUCUGAUGAUGAUGACCCUGUCACCUCCCUGAGCCAGGUCCUGGCCACCUACAAGAGCACCCCAGGGACCCACAGGCACCGUGUGACAAUGGCAGCCAGGAAGUGGCACAGCUCAGCGUAUGUGCUUGUGGGUAGGUGGGCCCGGCUGGCCUGGAAGGCCACCCAGCUCCACAUCACCUGCUGGGAUUUGUCCACCAAGGCGGCCACCGCCCAGGCCAGGGAGCUGCAGGACGAGGCUCCCUGUGAUGGGACAGCUCAGGAAAACAUGGUGGAGCUGGGUCAGGCCCUGGGCAGGGAGGACGGGGCCGAGGUGGUGGCCGAGCGUGAAGCCCAGGUGAGGAGAGAGGCCAGGGUGGCUGCCAGCGAGGCAAGAAGGGCCACCAUGGAGAGAGAGCGGGUGGAGGUGGCCCUGGGGCUGCUGGAGCGCUUGGUGGCCGCGUGUUACGAAGCCACCGCGUUCCCCCGGGAGCUGCAGUGGCGGCUCAGGGACACCGAGAUCACCCUGGAGGGCACAAAUGAGGUAUCCCCCAGUGUCCCCGAGGACUUGGUGGCCAAGGUGGCCGAGGCCGAGCGGAUGUGCGAGGCCAACGCCCGCCUGGCCAAGGAUCACCUACGGGGGACACUUGAUGACAUCAUCAAGUUCUAUUUCACUGGUGGUCCCCCCAGUCCCAGUGCCUGUGGGGUGGCCGAGCAGUGCCAAAGAGCCAUCGAUGACAUCCCAAAGCUCCUUCGACCCCCAGAGCGUCCCCAAGGUGUCCUCAAGAUGUCCCCAGUGAGCAUGGAGCUCCAAGAGCUGUCCCCAACCCUGCUGCAACCACAGGUCACCGUGGUGGCCAUCCUGGGCGAGCUGGUGGCCACCCUGCCCAGGCGGAAUAAGAUGAAGCUUGUGUCCGCAGUGGACCUCUACUGGGAACUGGUGAACUUCACCAAGGACCUCCGGGUCACCCUGUACUGCACUGAUGACACCUGGCAGCGCCACAAUGUCACCUCCGAUGGUGAUGACCCUGUCACCUCCCUGAGCUGCGUCCUGGUCACCUACAAGACCACCCCAUGGAUCCCCCAGAACUGUGUGAUAAUGGCAGCCAGGAAAUGGCAGCAAUUGGUGGCCGCGCUCGUGAACAGCUGGGCCCGGCUGGCCAGGGCAGCCACCAAGUUCCGCAACACCUGCAUAGAGGCGACUGCUGAGGCGGUUGACAGAGUCACCCAGGCCAGAGAACAGCAGCGCAUGGCUGCCUAUGGUGGGACAGCUCAGGAAAAAAUGGUGGAGCUCGGUCAGGCCCUGGGCGGGGAGGAGGGGGCUGAGGAGGAGGACCCCUAUAAAGCCCAGAAGAGGAUAGAGGCCAUGGUGGCUGCCAGCGAGGCAACAAGGGCCACCAUGGUGAGACAGCGGCUGGAGGCGGCCCUGGGGCUGCUGGAGCGCUUGGUGGUCGCGUGUGACGAAGCCACCGCGUUCCCCCGGGAGCUGCAGUGGCGGCUCAGGGACAUCGAGGCCGCCCUGAAGGGGGCAAAUGAGGCAUCCCCUGAUGUCCCUGAGGACUUGGUGGCCAAGGUGGCUGAGGCUGAGCGGCUGUGGGAGGCCCACAACUGUCUGGUCAAGGAUCACCUGGUGGGGACACUUGAUGACAUCAUCAAGUUCUUGUUCACUGGUGGUCCCGACCGCCCCAGUGCCUGUGGGGUGGCCGAGCGGUGCCAAAGAGUCAUUGAGGACAUCCCAGGGCUCCUUCGACCUCCAGAGCAUCCCCAGAGCAUCCCCAAGGUGUCCCCACUGUCCCCGGCCCUGCUGCAGCCACAGGUCACCAUGGUGGCCAUCCUGGUUGAGCUGCUGGAUACCCUGCACAGGCGGGAUGAGGAGAUGCUGAUGCUGCUCGAGUCCCCAAGGUGCCUGUACAGUGAACUAGUGGAUUUCACCGAGGAGUUCCACAACACCCUGUACUACACUGAUGACACCUGGUACCACCGCAAUAACUCCUCUUUAACUGACCCUCUCACCUCCCUGAGCCAGGCCUUGGCCGCCUACAAGAGCACCCCAUGGACCACCUGGUUCAAUGUGAAAAUAGCAGCGAUCGAGUGGCAGGAGGCGGUGUCUCUGCUUGUGGACAGCUGGGCCAGGCUGCCAAGGAAGGCCAGUGAGCUCCACAACGCCUGCAGGGAGGUGGCUGCUGAGGUGGCCGACAGGGUGGCCACUGCCACCGCCCAGGCCAGAGAGCAGCAGGACGAGGCUGGCCGUUAUGGGACAGCUCAGGAAAACAUGGUGGAGCUGGGUCAGGCCCUGGGCAGAGAGGAGGGGGCUGAGGUGGUGGCUGGGCAUGAAGCCCAGGUGAGGAGAGAUGCCAGGGUGGCUGCCAGCGAGGCAACAAGGGCCACCAUGGAGAGGCAGCGGCUGGAGGCGGCCCUGGGGCUGCUGGAGCGCUUGGUGGCCGCGUGUGACGAAGCCACCGCGUUCACCCAGGAGCUGCAGCACAGGGUGGGGGACAUCAAGACCAGCCUGAAGGGGACAAAUGAGGCAUCAUCUGAUGUCCCUGAGGACUUGGUGGCCAGGGUGGCCAUGGCUGAGUGGCUGUGGGACGCCAACAACCGCCUGGCCAAGGACCACCUGGAGGAGACGCUUGACUACAUCAUCAAGUUCUAUAUCGAAGGUGAACCCGUCAGCCCCAGUGGCUGUGGGGUGGCCGAGCGGUGCCAAAGAGCCAUCGAGGACAUCCCAAGGCUCCUUCGACCCCGAGAGCGUCCCCAAGGUGUCCCCAAGGUGUCUCCAGUGAACAUGGAGCUCCAAGAGCUGUCCCCGGCCCUGCUGCAGCCACAGGUCACCGUGGUGGCCAUCCUGGGUGAGCUGCUGGACACCCUGCCCAGGCGGGACAAGGAGAUGCUGCCCAUGUCCACAGUGAGCCUGUACUGGGACCUGGUGGACUUCACUGAGAGCCUCUGGGUCACCCUGUACUGCACUGAGGGCACCUGGUGGUGCCGCAAUGUCACCCAUGAUGAUGGUGACCCUCUCACCUCCCUAAGCGGGGCCCUGGCCGCCUAUGACAGCACCCCAUGGACCACCUGGGAUGAUCUGACAAUGGCAGCCAGGAAGUGGCACCGGUCGGUGUCUGUGCUUUUGAAAAGCUGGGCCAGGCUGCCCAGGAAGGCCACCAAGCUCCACAACACAUGCAGGGUGAUGGUCACUGAGGUGGCCGACAGGGCGGCCACUGCCACCGCCCGGGCCAGGGAGCUGCAGGACGAGGCUCCCUGUGAUGGGACAGCUCAGGAAAACAUGGUGGAGCUGGGUCAGGCCCUGGGCAGGGAGGACGGGGCCGAGGUGGUGGCCGAGCGUGAAGCCCAGGUGAGGAGAGAGGCCAGGGUGGCUGCCAGCGAGGCAAGAAGGGCCACCAUGGAGAAAGAGCGGGUGGAGGUGGCCCUGGGGCUGCUGGAGCGCUUGGUGGUCGCGUGUGACGAAGCCACUGUGUUCCCCCGGGAGCUGCAGCGCAGGGUUGGGGACAUUGAGGCCUCCCUAAUAUGGACAAAUGAGGGAUUCUUUGAUAUCCUCGAGGGCUGGGUGGCCAAGGCGGCUGAGGCCGAGCGGCUGUGGGAGGCCAACGCCCGCCUGGCCAAGGAUCACCUGCUGGGGGCAGUUCCAGACAUCAUCCAGUUGUUCACUGGUGGUCCCAUCAGCCUCAGUGCUUCUGGAGUGCCUCGAGAGGUGCCAAUGAGCCACCUAGGACAUCCCAAGGCUCCUUCGACCCCCGGAGUGUCCCCAGAGUGUCCCCAGUGAGCCUGGAGCUCCAAAAGCUGUCACCUCCCCAGCUGCUGUAGGCUCUGGUGUCUGUGGUGGCCACCCUGGGUGAGGUGGUGGCCACUGUGACCGGGCCUCACCAGGGCGUGCGGUGCUGUGUGUCCCCAAAGCUGCUGCACGGGGCCCUGAGGAUCUUCACCUGGAGCCUCUGUAAGACCCUGGGCCACCCCAGUGUCAACUCCCUGGAUGACACUGAUGUCCCCUCCCUGGGCCAGGCCCUGGCUACCCUCGGGGCCAUCCCUGGGGCCACCUGGACCGAUGUGAGAGCCACGGGCAGAGCCUGGCGGGAGUUGGUGGCUGCACUUGGGAAGAGCUGGGACCAGGUGGCCAGGGAGGCCACCAAGCUCCGUGACACCUGUGAGAACGCGGCCCCUGCCCAGAUGGGGGACCUGCAGGACAAGGCCACCUGCAGGGGGACAGCUGGGGACAACCUGGCAGCCACAGCCAGGCAGCUCACGGUGGCCCUGGACAGGGAUGGGGAGGCCUCAGUGGGGGCCACAUGCAAUGCCCAGAUGGCAGUGGCCCCCAACGAGGCCAUGGAAGAGAAUGUGGUGGCCACCAGGCGGGCGAGGGCGAGAGGAGGAGACAUUGGGCAGAGGUUGCCCUGGAGUCGCUGCAGCGCUUGGUGGCCACGUGUGACAGAGCCAGGUUGUUCCUCUCAGAACUGCAGUGCCAGCUCAGAGAAGUCGAGACUGCCCUGGAGGGGACAAAUGACGCAUCCCUCGAUGUUCCCGAUGCCUUAGUGGCUGCGGUGGCCAAGUUUGAGCAGCUGUGGGAGGCCAGCGCCCGCCUGUUCAAGCAUCACCUGCUGGGGACACUUGGGGACAUCCACGACCUCCUCUUGAGUCCCUAUGGUGGCCGUGGUGGCCCCAAUGGGCCCAGCAGCCACGCAGUGGCCGAGCAGUGCCAAAAAGCCAUCGAGGACAUCCCGAGGCUGCUGCAGAGACAGUGAUGUCACCACUGUGAUGUCAUCAUGGCAGUGACAUCAUUGGGGACGUGGCUGCUGUCACCUGUGCGCUCCCUGUGCAGUAUUUGAGAUAAAUCUGGGGAAUUUUCAUUGAAAUUGCCCCAGUCCUCAUGGGAAUUCCUGGAUUGACAUCUCUGCGGACACUCAGGGACACUGGGAACACUCAGAGAUACUCAGGGACACUCUGAUGACACUCAGGGACAGGGGACAGGGGUGAAUGAGUCCCCUCAGCAGCUUCCAGGUUUCCACUGUGCCUGCAGAUCAGCCGAGUCAUAAAUGACAAUUUAAUAAUUGCCUUUUGCAUUUUUUGAUUGCCUUUUGCACAUUGUUAUUAAUCACCAACAAUUUGAUACGGUAUUUGAUACUGAUAUUGAUUAUCGGUGAUUCCUUGUAGCUGCUGGUUGUUGCAAUAUAAUCUAUCAGUUCAUGUGUGCACCGUACAGCCUGUAAAUUAAUUAAUUAACUAAAUAAUUAAUAAUAUCCUCUAUAUAAAUCAGACCAAGCUCAUCUGAACUCUGUGUCAGACACAUCACUGACCCCAUUGUCAGACAAAUGCUCAAUAAAUCCAUCCCAACGUUCCUUGAGGGGAGCACAGCCAGGGAGCUGCUUCAAGGCGCUGUCACUGAGAUAUUUCUCCUUGAAAACCCUGGGUGGGAUGCAAAUACACCUGAGCAGAUGGCAAAAUUAAAAUGAUAUCAAACCCUUGAGGAAGGGAUCCAACAGCUGAGAGAAGUGGCAGUAUUGGAGGUACUCUUUGGGAGGGAUGGACAGCAUGAAAAUGACCUCGACAAGGUCAGGUGCACGCAGCAAAUGUGGAGUCUGGCAAAAAUGUGGAGUCUGGCAAAUCUGGGGCCAUCUCAAUGCACCACCUUCAUUGCAAUGAUUGAUGCUGACACCAACCGAGAGGCAGUGGGCUGUCACCAACAAGCUUAGAAAUUGUGAAAAAUGCGUAUUUUAUGCUUGGCUUUUGCCAAAUAUUAAAAUGAAUAUUAUAUGUGUUAUGUUAGAACGUGAUGCUGUAUUAAUUUUUUUAAGCAGUGUGCUAAAUAUAGUUUUAGAUUAUAACAUAAGGUUAAAAUAGAAA